GCGCCGCGCUGCCCCGGGAGUGCCGGCCACCCUCCUGCUCCCUCCUCCGUACGCUUGUCACUUCCUGCCCUCUUCGCAUCUCCGUCCGGGGUCAGCCGUCUGCCUCCCAGCUCCCUGUCGUCGGCUUCGGAGCCUUGGCUUUCCCCCCUCCCCCACAUCCCCCCCGGGCUAUCCGCACCGGGGCGGAGGAGGCAGCGGCUGCUGCUCGCGUCUUCAGGGAGAGAGAGAGCGCUCGAGGGACAGCGACUGGCUGACUCAAUAAAGUUCCCUCAAACAACCCCCUCAAAAAAAGGAAAAAAAAAAGAGAAGGCCCAAAGGGAGAGGGGGAAAACCCCUAUCACCAGCCCGGCCCCUCCCCUUUUCCAGAGAAGAGAGGCGAGCCCUGCAGGUGAAGGGGCGCCGGACUCCCGCCGCUGCUGUCGCCGGGGGGCUCCCCGGCUCCCGCCGACUCCAGGCCGGGCCUCCGGAGGGGCGGCGGUCGGGGCGGUUCCCCUGUCAACUGCCGGCGCCCGCGCCCCCGCCCGCUUGCCGGCCCCAUUGCGCGGAGGGACGUCGAGAGCCGCCGCCGCUGCCUCUGCCGCCGCCGCCGUCGCGGUACCGGUCCGCUGAGAGACGGGCAGAAGAGCCGCAAUGUGGAGCUUCGAACUGUAGAAGGAAAGUAGGUCGCACCCACUGAAAAUGCCUCUAAGGGACAAGUGCUGUCAGACUGACCACCAUCAUCAUGGAUGCUGUGAACCAGUGUAUAUUCUGGAACCCGGAGAUCCUCCUUUGUUACAGCAGCCAUUGCAGACUUCCAAAUCUGGCAUUCAACAAAUUAUUGAAUGCUUUCGAUCAGGAACUAAACAACUAAAACACAUUUUAUUAAGAGAUGUGGACACAAUUUUUGAGUGUAAAUUAUGUCGCAGUCUCUUCAGAGGAUUACCAAAUUUAAUUACUCAUAAAAAAUUCUACUGCCCUCCAAGUCUCCAGAUGGAUGACAACCUUCCUGAUGUAAAUGAUAAACAAAGCCAAGCCAUAAAUGAUCUCCUAGAAGCCAUUUAUCCAAGCGUGGACAAACGAGAAUAUAUUAUUAGGCUAGAACCCAUAGAAACUAAUCAGAAUGCAGUGUUUCAGUAUAUUUCAAGGACUAAUAACCCAGCUGAGGUCACUGAGUCAAGUAAUUCUCCUGAUCAAACUCAAGUUCAGAUGCAAGAACCUAACACUGAACAGUCCAAAACAACUCCAGUUCCAGAUGCAGAAGUAGAAAUUGUAGAGUCCCCACCUACAGAAACAGUUGCAAAUGAAGCAACACCAGCUUCUGAUGAACAGCCUCAGGAAUCACACACUGACUUGGAAACUUCUGAUAAUUCUGAUUUUGGCCACCAGUUGAUUUGUUGUCUUUGUAGAAAAGAAUUCAACUCCAGACGUGGUGUUCGCCGGCACAUUAGGAAAGUACACAAAAAAAAGAUGGAAGAACUAAAGAAGUACAUUGAAACACGAAAGAAUCCAAACCAGUCUUCUACUAAAGGACGCAAUAAGAAUGUUCUAGUAACAUUGAGUAGAAGUUGUCCAGUAUGUUAUAAAUCUUUUGCUACAAAAGCGAAUGUAAGGAGGCAUUUUGAUGAAGUUCAUAGAGGACUGAGGAGGGAUUCAAUUACUCCUGAUAUAGCUACAAAGCCUGGGCAGCCUUUGUUCCUGGAUACUGUUUCUCCUAAAAAAUCUUUUAAGACUCGGAAACAAAAGUCUUCUUCAAAGGCUGAAUACAAUUUAACUGCAUGCAAAUGCCUUCUUUGCAAGAGGAAAUAUAGUUCACAAAUAAUGCUUAAAAGACAUAUGCAAAUUGUCCACAAGAUAACUCUUUCUGGAACAAACUCUAAAAGAGAGAAAGGCCCUAAUAAUACUGCCAACAGCACAGAAAUAAAAGUAAAAGUUGAACCAUCAGACUCUGUAGAAUCUUCACCCCCUUCUAUUACCCAUUCUCCACAGAAUGAAUUAAAGGGAACAAAUCAUUCAAAUGAGAAAAAGAACACACCGGCAGCACAGAAAAAUAAAGUUAAGCAAGACUUGGACAGCCCUAAAUCAACGAGUCCUUCUGCUGCAGGUGGCCAGCAAAAAACCAGGAAACCAAAACUUUCAGCUGGCUUUGACUUCAAGCAGCUUUACUGUAAACUUUGUAAACGCCAAUUUACUUCCAAACAGAACUUGACUAAACACAUUGAGUUGCACACAGAUGGAAAUAACAUUUAUGUUAAAUUCUAUAAGUGUCCACUUUGCACUUAUGAAACGCGUCGGAAACGUGAUGUGAUAAGGCACAUAACUGUGGUUCACAAAAAAUCAUCACGUUAUCUUGGGAAAAUCACAGCCAGUUUAGAGAUCAGAGCUAUAAAAAAGCCCAUUGAUUUUGUUCUAAAUAAAGUGGCAAAAAGAGGCCCUCCAAGGGAUGAAGCGAAGCAGAAUGAUUCAAAACAUGAUGGAACUUCUAAUUCUCCCAACAAAAAGUAUGAAGUAGCUGAUGUUGGCAUUGAAGUAAAAGUUACAAAAAACUUUUCUCUUCACAGAUGCAAUAAGUGUGGAAAGGCAUUUGCAAAAAAGACUUACCUUGAACAUCAUAAGAAAACUCAUAAGGCAAAUGCUUCUAAUUCACCUGAAGGAAAUAAAACCAAAGGCCGAAGUACAAGAUCUAAGGCUCUUGUCUGGUGAGGAACAGUUACAGAGUUUUGCUUCCCCCCUACCCCCCUUUCAAACUAAAAAAAAAAAUAUCAUUUGGCCAUAACUUAUAGCAGGUUCCAUUCUAACAGCUAACAUGCCACAUAUCUGAUGGCAUUGGGAACUGAGGAGAAAUGUACCUAUUGCAUUUGCUUCAGUGACCUUUAUUCCACUGACUUGGGAACAAAAGUUAACUUCAGAGCUUAUCUUCUACAGGACAAUGCAACAUAGCUAUAGGUAGCAUGGAGCCAAUGCUAUUCUUUUAAUAUUGUAAUAUAUGUGCAUUUAUAUUGGCUUAUGUUUAUAGUAGAAGUCCUCUGUUUUACUAAUUUUGCACAGAUUUGAUUCAGCAACUUAGUCUACUAAUGAACUUUAUGCAGGAAAGUUAAAGAGAUAAUAGAAUAAAGAUUUGUGAAGGCUAUAAUUAUAGGAAAAAUCUUUUAAGGCACUGUAAUUAUUGUAAAAUUGAUUUGUGAUGGCUCAAUAAAGUGCUACACAGAAAAAUCUCUAAGUUAAUUUAGAAUAAUUAGUAAUAAGGCAUUUAUUAAUUACUUUUAACAUAGUGUUUCAAGGCAAGGGGAAAACUUAGUAAACAAAAAUUUGGAUUUUGUAAAAAUUUGGAUUUUGUUUUCUUGCUAGGGUCUUUUGGUUACUGUUUUUUAGUUUUGUUCUAUGAAAAAAAUGGUAAUUUAGUUAGUCCCAAAAUGUUUUAAUUUUUCCCCUUUUGUUCAAAUAAACUUUUUGGUGAUUAUUUCAACCUAAUUAAUAAUUUUACCUCAAGGAUUUUUUGUUUUGCUUUGUUUUUGUAUGUAUAGCAGGAAAUAGGUUAACAUUCCUAAUGGGGAAGAAAAGAGUUUUAAACAUAACAUUUUAAGAAAAUUUUGGAAUAAAUACAAGUUUUAAAAUGCAAUAUAAAGUGCAGAAUAAAUUAUCUAUCCUUUGCUUGUUUUUGCAAAUACAUCUAUUUUAAAGAAUUUAUCAUUAAUACUUGAAUAUCCCUUGUAUUGAUGCCUCUGAUGAAUAUUAAAUUAAUUUUUGGAGUCAGCUUCUAAAGCAGAUAACUUAGUUUUAAUAUUGAGUGGCUUAAACUGUGUAUAAGCUUAAAGUCACAAACUUUUCAUUCUAUUUAUGUGGAAAACUUUAAAUGGAUUAUUGUUUGUUAUUCUUUUUACUAUUAUAUAAUUUUAAGGUUUUAUUGGCAAACUCAAAGGUGUUAAUUUAUUCCCAUUUCUCCUCAGAUAACUUCAAGUGAUGUACGGAAAGGUUUGGAGUUCAUUUGUGUGGAAAGACUUUAAAUUGGUGUUAGAACCACUAACGUCUUCAAAUGGUACUAUAAGGAAAAAAAGAAAAAUAUUUUCAUAAAUAUUCAACUGUUACUGCUGUUUUUUAACUAAAUUAAUAACCAUCUGACAACAUGUUUCUAAGGCCAUUGCCUCUUCCAACACUUUCAAGUAGCUGUGAAGUUAACCUUAUUCUACCUACAUCAUAGUUUGUCUUAUCUUGUGUAUUUGGUCUACAGGUUCAUCUUACUAUAUUUAAAAACAAAAAACAAAAUGCAAUAUUUGUUUUUUCCUUAAAGACAAGAAGCUUUAGGCAGUCAACAACCUGAGGGAAAUAUCUCUGCUGGUGGUGUUAUUUGACAAAGAAGUUCUAUCGUAGUUUCAUUUUGUUUGGCAAGAUUUUCAUCCAGGUUAUGUGCAUGAUUUCAGAUUUUUCUCCAGUGAAUGUAUACUAAGAACAAACGAGUCUAUUAAACACAGAGGAACUUAAGUCUGCUGAAUAUUAGUACUUGUCCUCACAUCAGUUCAUCUCCAACUGAUUUUCUAGUGUAAUGAAAGUUUUAUUGUACUAAAGAUAGUAUAGAGAAAGUUCCAGUUCAUUUUCAUGCAUGGUUCGUAGCAACACCUUUAAUUUGUAAACAUCUGAGGUUUUUAUGAAAAUCAAACAUUCCCCUAUUUUUUUCUUUAAAUUUUAUACACAAGCACUUUAAUGAUAGAUACAACUUAAUUUUUCAGUUUCUAUUUUUUUAAAUGGGCAACACAUUUACUAAUGUUAAUAUGAAGGUAGUAAAUAUCUUACUGAUAUUUUAUAUUUACAGACAAUCCAUGCACAACCACUUCUUAUGAUGCAAGUUUUAUUUCUUUAAAUAUUGCUACUUAGGGAGGAAGAAAGGAGAAACCAAGGAAACUUUUUUCUCUCAAGAAAAUUUCAAGCGACCACUUUAGAUAACAUUUGAUUUUUGCUAUGAAAUUUGCAAAAUAAUGAAUUCUUUUCCAAUUUAUAAUCAAGAUUUUAGGGAAAAAAAAAGGCAGACCUAUCAUUACAAAUUUCUUGGUAGGUUUCUGUGUACCAACAUUUUGUACUUUUUAGGAAAACACAUUUUGUUUUUAGAAAUUUGUGUCAAAAUUAUCCUAAUUUCAAAAGGUUCAAGAGAAAAUAUACCAUGUUUUUAUCAUAGGUUCACACCUGUAAUUAGGAGGGACCCUGUUUCCAUUUACUUUUUGUAUAAAAUCUAAAAAUGUUGAAGAUCACAAUGAGAAUAAAAUGCUUCUUUAGAUAGAAAAACAUUUAGCCUUCCUAGUGCUUUGCACUAAAAUAUACUGUGAAAGGAAACUAGAAAGACUGUAACUGUUGCUGGAAAUGUUCUAUAUUGAAUGUACAUUCUUUUGUUUGGACAAAUGUACUGUAUGUGAUGGAAAUAAACCAGACUCGAAGUCACUUCAGCUAAAUGUGCUUCAACAAAGGUGCAUUGGUUGAACCGUAAAUGCUUAUUAUCCACUUUAUUCAGUUACUAUGAGCAGCUGUACUUAAAUUGUAUCCUUUUGUUAGCUUUGUUUUUAAACUCUUUAAAGUAAUGAUUUUCUCUUUAAUUUAAAAGCAAAUCUACAUGUGGAAAAAGUACUUGUAGGUAGGAUGAACAAAUGUACAUCUUUUUAGGGAACUAAAUUUAAAGUUAGUAUUGCAUUUCUAGUUAGUGUAGCUGAUUCAACAUUAUUGAACCUGUAUAUUUAGUUUUUGAAGGUACUUCAUACAUUCCUACACAUUAAAUGUACUUACUCCAAAACACUUUCCAAAUUCCUAAUUUUUAGUCAUGAAACAGUGGCAGUAAUAUAUGAAGAUUCCUUGAAACUUUGAAGAACUUCUUGAUACUGCUUUUCCUCAGUGGUAAUCUGCCUUUCUCUUUAUUUUUUUCACUCCUUGAUGACUUAGUCUUUAGGGAUAGCAUGAUUUUUGGAAUUUCCUUUCUCUGAUAACCUUUUUCUACAGUCAUACCCUCUAUUGAUUGGCUGUAAAUUUAUUUUAAAGAUACAGAGCAGGCAGAAGAAAGGAGACAAGAAAGAGGUGCAAAACGUUCUUAAGUUAGGUCAUGUAGAAGAUAAGCACAUGACAUUGAAAUAAGAUUUGCCUUAGAAAUAGAAAGAGUUGGGCUAGCAAAAACAAUUUUUUCCCCCUACAAGGUCUAGCAUAGUAGAUCAUAACAAAGAUGAGUUGUAGAGGAAAUAGCAGUAAUCUGACAAAUUUUAAUAGGUUGAGAAACUUUAGAGAAAUAAGAGAUUAUUUCUUCCCAUUUCUUUCUGGCUAACACCAUUGCUUCUCAGUUUAAGACUCUCUCUAACUCUGUCUCUGAACCCAGAGACUUCAGAUAAGGUUUCAGAUAUCUGAGGAGAAAGCUAAGAAAUUUCUGCUAGAAGCAUUGAUACACACAUAUGCAUAUAUAUGUAUAUAUAUAUGUGUGUGCAUGUACAUAUGCACAUACAUAUGUAUGUAUAAGAAAUGUAACUUUUUAAUGUGCCUUUUAAUUGUAGGGGAAGAGUUAUUGAAACUAGAAGUAACUAAAACUUUCCUGGAAUUUAGAACUGAUACUCACUACUAUAUAUGCCCAGCUUCUUGGCUAGCAUGAAGGUUUCACUUAAAGAUUCCAUUUAUCUGAUGUAUCUUCUACUCAAGUAAAAUAAAAGAGGGGAAGUUGGAAAAUAUUAUGCCAUUUAACAUGAAGACAAAUCUAAGAAAGCAUUGUUAAUAUUACCUUAUGGAAGGAUGCUUGUUAAGGGAUCUUUUACAUGUUUUGUUAAUUCACAGUAAGCAGUUCUUAUUGAUUCAUUGCUUUAUCUCAUAUAAAGAAUGAAAUCUGAGGAAAAUAUGGAUUACCAAAAUUUAGUUUUUAACUUACCUCUUUAUAGGAGUUGAUUUUUGCUUCAACUGAUUUGAUUUUUUAAAGUAAAUUUUGAUUCUUUAGAAUUAUGUUAAAUGUUUGUUACUAUAUUAAUACUAAAAUGAUUAUUAGUUUUCCUCAGACUUCUGGGUUUUACAGAGGUUAUAUAAAUAUAUUAAGUGAAGAAUCCUGUAGUUUCAUCAUAAUUUGAGAUUAUGGGGAUGGGAGAAGAAAUUUUCUUCUGCCUUGCAGCACUGGCUGUUGUCCUGGUGACUUCCAGACUGUAUUUGGGUAUGUAGAAGAUCUCUUUUUAGGAAGCUUGACCAUAUGGAUGAGCUUUUCCAGUAUCAAAUUUGAUGGCAGUAAUUCUGUUAAAUAUACUGAAAUUACACCUCUUGGCUCCUGAAAAUUUAAAGACUAUGAAAAUAUGUGGAUGUGACAAUAAGUGUUACUUACUGUGCUUAAGACACUUACUUCUAAAUAACCUAAACUUUACUAAUAUAGUAUGUUAGCUGUAAAAAUUAUAGUGUGAAUCAGAUAAUGUAAACUAACAUACACAUACAGUGAAUGGGCUAGCUCCUACUUCUGGGAACUUUCCUAGUCUCUUUCAGACCUUUAAAAACUAAAAAAGCCUUCAGGAUGAAAAAAUAUAUAUAUAUAGGGUCAGGGAGAGCUGUUUAAUGAUGACUUUGGUCUAAGCCCCAUUCAUUGUGUACAAGGUAUAUAUUAGAAUGUUACAUAAAAUAUUUGUCCAUUUCCUCAUCCAAACAUUCCCUAUUUCUGUCUUGACCUCAAAAAAUUUCCUUUCCUUUCCAUAAUACCUAUCUGUAACUUCUUCCUUAUUCCUUCCAACUUUUUUUUUCUUCCAACAUCUUGACUAAUUUACAUAAAAACAGGAUGGGGGGAAUGAAAAAAGAGUAAAAGAUAUCCAAGAAAGGGAAGCAUUGUCAUCAGUUUUAUGUCCCAAUCCUUCAACUCAUUCUGUUGGGAAGGUCGCAGAUUUAUGCAGCUUAAUGACCUGCGUGACUGUAAUUUAUGAAACUAACUGCAGACAGGCAUAUCUCAGCAAAAAAUGCCAAAAUGGAGCUGUUGAUAUUAUUGGUGCCCAUAAAGGAAUAGAAUUGUCUUGCUUUUAUAACUGAUUUUGAGGUAUAGGGGCUGUAUCUUUGAAUUAAUUUUGUGUAGUCCCUAGCACGUUGUCCUGUAUACCCAGGCACUUGAAUAAAUACUUGAUGAUGUAAAA